AUGCUGGCUUCUCUCUGGUUGCCAAAACCCCUCCUCAAAGCCUUUCUCGCUGUAGUGCUUCUCUUUUCUGUGGGGCUAAGCGACUUCCAACUCAGCAAUGGAGUGGUUAGCGCGCUACGACCGGAUCACUUGCGCCAUCGGCGAGCUCUGCAGCAAAAUGCGACGCUCGAGGGGGCAGAUGAACGAAUAAUUGAAGCUGCGGACGACAUCUCCGCGCACGUCUCGCCUUCGUUUGUGGCCUUGUCCUCGAAAUCGGACUCGGAUGACGACGAGGACGGGUCGAGCGGGGCGUCAGAGGCCUCAGCGGCUGACGAGAAAGAAGGAAAGGGGGAAGACUCUGCAGAGGAAUCAAAAGAGAAUGGGCAAGAGGAAGGGUCUCAUACAGAGAACGAAGACGAUGGGGAAGCCGGAAAACCGUCCGCUGGAACGCACCAUGGCGCAGCUGCUGCAAAGGCAACUGAAGAAAAGGACGAGAAGUCGGGUUCCAGCGAAUCCAAAACGCAUCCACACGAAAAAGACGUAGAGAACGACGCAGCGGAGGAAAAAUCCCAGCAUGAAGGAAAGGGAAGCGGCGACGGGCACAAGAAAGAGAAGGAAGAGGGCGAGCACGGUGGAGAAGAAGCAAAACAUGAAGACGCGGAAGACAAGAGUGGCGACGAAAGCGGCACAGAGACAAAUGGCGAAGGUGGCAAGCACGAAGACGAGAAGAAGGAGGAAGAGAAGUCUGAGCACGGAGACAAAAAGGAGGAGGCGAAGCCUGAGUCAGCGGACCGCGAGAAACUCGUUGCAAGGCUUACGAAGCUUCUGAGCGACUCUGGUGGAACUACGCUGCUUGGGCGAUUGGAAACCGUUUUGACGGAACAUGAAAAGGAGGAAGAGCGCAAAGCUUCUGAAGAGGCGAAGAAGAAGGAGGAGGAGAAGGAGAAAGAUAAGGCUGCGUCUUUGAAGGAAAAGCUCGAAGAAGCAGAGAAGGCGGCAGAAGAGGAGACUCAGAAGGAAGCUCCAGCGAGGGACCUGCUGCUUACUCAACAACUGAAUGCUCUCUGGAUGCUUCCGUUCCUACAUGACAAGAAGCGCACUGAAACGUGUCUCUCCGGCUUUGAGAAGCUUACAGCACAGAGCCGAAUCAAAUGUCGAGAUCCCGCUUGUAUGAAGCUCGAGCAGGACAAGAAGUGUGCCUUCCUUGAUGUACACUCCAUUGACCGCGCAUCUCACACGGAUGAGCAGAACAUGGGCAUCCACAUCGGGUUCGACCCUACAUGCAGAGAUGCCACGCAACUGGGGAAUCAGCUGCUUGAACUUCUCCAGCAUCCUGUCAAGCAGCACGAGUUGGAACAGCGGCUUGAAUCUGUUGGUACCGGGGAGACUAUGCAGCCCCUGACAAAUCACUUAGACCUCGUCUGCGAGGGCAGCGACCCGGCGGCAUACCCCACAUGCAACGCGGUGUCUCAAGCCCUGAGGAAUGUUCCCCACCUGGGACCGAAGAAUCUACCGAGCAUGGUGGUCCUCGCUGACAUCUCUGAUCUUCCGAACACUGUAGGGCUAUUUCGCAUUGCAGUGAUCUUCGAGGGACGUGUUCCGCUCGUGGAUGCGAAUGGAGAUCUUGUGGACAGGCGCGGAGUGAAGCUUGGCGAUUCAGCAGCUCAUGAGGUAUUGAGCAAGAUACACAACCUUCAGCGAUAA